GCAGCAAUCAGUCCCACGUCGCUCGCCGACCCGUGCGCUCGCCCGAGCGCUCCGCAUUCGCGACAUCCCUAUGGACUACGAUCGACCAAACGACACAAAACUUAAACUUAACUUCAUACCCUUGUAUAAAAGCCCAAACGAACCAACCGUGUUUACAGCCAAACGAAAAUGACUCUUAAACUAUUCCCCGUAAACUUUUCCCCGCCCUCAAAUACGUAUUUUUGUGAUUAGCAACUUCAAAAGUCCUACUCAGUUCACUGUACCCAACAUGUAUCUCAGAAAUUUAUAUCGAAACCUAUUUAUACACAAGAAACGACUGAAACUUUCUACUUGCAACCUUUAAAGUUUACACCUUUGUAAUAAACAAUUUAUACGAAUAUAAAAAUAGUUUUGGACAUUAUUUUUAUCCUAAUAGUACUUGCAACUCUUGAUAGAAAUAAGUGUGACCAAAAACGUUUGUGUAAAAGUAAAACUAUAGACUGUUUAAACUUUGAUAGUGUGCUUUAUCAAAAGUGUUUUAAAUACAGUGUGUAGUUCAUCGUUUUAAGAAUCUAGUGUGUUUUAGUGCCCCUAGUGUGUGUGUUUAUGUUAAUCCUACAUAGCUAAAGCUUUGGUUGAAGACAUCUUAAGGACUAGCGACAAUUUCGCGCGAAGAAAUAUAUCCUACCUCCUAUACAUGGCUCAAAAUCUCUCCCAAAAAACAUUCCUUACUCCUAUCACGCUACAUAUAGUAGAAACAUUCCACGGUCUCCGUUUUCCAAAACGUCUUGUAUAGUAGAUAAAAUCAUUUGCCAUAUCUUCAGGCAAACUAGGUAGGUAGUAAGACAGACGCGCGUGAACCUCUUCGGAGGGCGCGAGGGGCCGGCGCGAUGCGGUCUCGCCAGGGAUGUACGUAAUAUAUCCUGCGGACGAAGUAGUUUCCCUGACAUACAGCUCGCAUUCGCUGCCACGGCCUAGGCAGCGACCGACGCUCGAUAUCAUCAUCGGGCCACCGCCGCCCUCGCCGAGAAGCGCGAAUCUCCCGACCCCGACCCCCGCCCCGCCCCGCGCCACCUCCGUCCCCAAAACGGCGCCCCCGGAGCCUGCGGAGCGCGCGCCGGCCUCGCCGUCGCCGUCGCUCGAGCGGCCGGCUAAGCAGCGCGAGCGCACCAAGGCCACCAAACUUUUUAAAAAACUCGGCCGUCAUGAGGACACCGAGUUUGGAAAAAUUGUAAGGACUCCGGCCCCCGAUGAAUUCGAACUGCCAGCGCCGCUUCCAACACCCGCCUUCUCGCGGAAGAACAUUUUCGACAGGGAUUUCGAUGCUCUGUUCGAAGUUGCGAGCACGCCCGAAUUCUGCGCGAAUAUACGCGUGACUACUCCUGAGCCAGACCGUCGGUCUGAUGUUUCUGCGGCGCAUUUCCCGUCCCCCACCGCAUCCUCCCUUAGUCUGCUCCCUCCGCGUCCGUACUCCGAACCCGCUCCAAGUUCCUCUCCGACGCUCUCCGCUCGGACCUCCUCACUAUCUACGCCUCCGACUCAACGAUCAUCGUUCGAAGGAACAAACUCAAAGCCGAAGAAAGUUAGCUUUUUCCGAAAGCUUAGUCGAGCGAAAGAUCCGUCACCAGCUCGCCCAGCCACCAUGCAGCAGCCAUCCUUGGAGAUGGCCCUUCGGGAGCUGACGCAUCCAACGCAUAAUGAGCAACUGAAAAACCAACAACAAGUCACAUUUAAGUUGGUAAAAACUGUUGCCGACUUCACAACCCAGCUGUCGCAGUUAUACGAGCGCCACUCUUCAGAGCUACAAAUACUUGUGGCGACUUUUCGGAAGCGGAACAGCGACCUGCGAAAAGAGAGAGCCACCUGCCCGUCUUCUCUAUUCCACACUUGGGAAACUCUCCUCCAGGAAGUAGAAGCAGAUGUGGUCGGGUGCAGCAACGCUUCCUCUUCACUGGAACGGGUGGUGGCAACACCGCUGAUAGAGAAGACUUUCCACAUGAAGGUGCAGGCGAGAAAACUGUUUGCGCAUCGUGAGGGCUGUGAACUCAUCCUGAGUAAAGCUGAUGACCAACUCAACAAGAGCCGCCAAGAUUAUCGGACAGCGUUCCUCAACUACUGCAACAACUCUAAUCCGACCAACUUGGCAACCUACUACGAUUCCCACAACACCUACGUGCAACAACUUAUCGCCACUAACGCCAUGAUCGAGCAGUACCAUCGACACACGUUACCAACCAUACUGCAGGAGCUGGAGGAAAUUUUGACUGAUGUUACAACCGCUGUCAGCGACGCCAUUUGUCAAGAGGGUGAAAUAAUUACAGACAAGAGCACCAACCAGUUGCGGCGAUACGAGUCCCUAUGCGCUCAUGCACGGGCUGUGUCAAGCACGGCGGACUUGGCACACCUGGCGCGCACCCUUCUCAACAACCAACCACCAAUGAGGACCCCAAAACGGGCGUUCAUGCCGCCAUAUCCUCCGGAGCCUGACGACCCGCCGUUAGAUGUCGCAGCGGAAUGCAUGCCCCCGGUACUGCGCGGAGAGAUGUUGCUGGACCGGAUGGCUGGAGGACAAGCGCGUCUCAACUACGAGCAGCUACGAAAGGAUGCCAUAGAUUUAGAAAUACAAAUCAAGCAAUUGCAGGAUGGACUAGACGCGCUGGCGAGAGUGCAAUCGCGCAGUCUAGAAAGCAGUAUUUACAGCAAAGUCAAUGAAAUACAGGAGGAAAUUUCAAUGAAAAAGUAUGACUACCGUGCUACGCAGCUUCAUCUAGCUGCAGUUAGAGCUCAAAGAGAGUUGUUCGCGGCGAAAGCGGACAGUAGCACGGCAGCAGCUGAUCGCAAGCUAUCGUCUUCAUCAGCAGGCAGCAUGAAGAAUAAGUGGCUUAAGGCUUUCCGAAGCUUAAAACCACCCAGCGCACCACUCCCUCAUGCCGCACCACCUGACAAAAAAAAUCAAAUGUACCACGCGGUGUCAACGGUUAUGGCGAUGAGACGAAAUGGCGCCGCCCGUGAUUUGCGAGGGGAUUCUGACGCUCACAACUUCCAAGAGUAUACCUACAAGAAAAUCACACCCUGUGACGUCUGCUCUCAAGUCCUUAGAGGGCAUACGCGUCAGGGUCUCCGAUGCAGAUUGUGCAAGAUGAACGUGCAUACUGACUGCAUGCCGCAAGUCGGCAGAUGUCAGACCAAAUCCCGCCUCCUCAGGAGACAAAAAAGCACAUCUGAGAUCGAAGCGCACCGGAUACAAGAAGCUGCAUUCGACGAAGAAAGUUCGAUGAGGAACUCCAAGAGUGCUCAAAUGUUGAGGCAGGCAGACCGCACCAGUCCCUUACCUGCCCCGCACUCGCCGAGACGCCAAAAGUUGAACCUUAGGAUGAAGAGUCUGUCAUUGGAUUCCCCCGAGUGUGGAGAGCUGAGACGUCGCCCUAGAGACCAACCUUCGCAAGGCAGCCGAGUAUUAUGUGACUACAGAACAUAUAGCAUGCGAUAUGGCUCCCAUAGAAUAAGUAACCAUACUAAGAUCCAUCAUUUUGCCACUUCUCAAUCUCAGUCAUCACCAUCGUCGCCAGUGCAUAGCCGAAGACAUCUGAGUGCUCGAGGUGGACGAAUGAGCAGCGUGGAGUUACCCGACGAGCCUGAUAAAAGUUUAUCUUCCAACAGUGCUAGUCCAUGCCCGUCACCAGUCAAGCAACAUAGCAAGCAUCAAAGACUCUUGCCAACAAACUUGUAUGUGAUCCUCUACAACUUUAAGUCACGCCAUGCUGAUGAACUGGACCUGAAGGCGGGCUACAAGGUGACUGUGAUCGACACUUCUGAUCCUGACUGGUGGAAGGGCAAAUGCUUGGGCAAGAUCGGUUAUUUUCCAUCCAAAUACUGCACUAAGCUGCAAGCUGGGGAAAGGCCUCUGCAAGUAACGCAUAAUCUUCAGGUAUCAGACGGAGAUAACGGGCUGAUGCUUCUCCGUGAUCAGAUCGUCAUUCAAGUAGGGGAUGAAGUUGACGGCAUGGUGAUGAUCCGCUCGGGGGACAACCGACAGGGUGUGUGUCCGGUGAAGUUUCUACAGGAAGUGUGACGCUUUAAGCUGCCCCACUUUAAUGUCAUGAGAAGACGUGGCUCAUUGUCCAAGGAAUCCAGCAAGUAUUACGAUCCGAAACCAUCCCGCAGCGCACCAGUUACCCCCUGCGACAGCGAAACAUCAACCUGGUCGGAGACGUACGAGAAUUUCAAGACGCGGCGAUCAGACAAAGCCAGCUACGAAGCAUCGACCGAAGGCAUGUGGUGGUGGCGAAGACCCUUAGGCGUGAGAAGAACAACUUGCAGACGAUGUGGAGCCUCGUCUUCUAGCAGACCCUUGCAAAUGACUCCGUGCGUACCCCAAGACGAUUACUAUUACGACCGCCGUCCGACCUCGUCAGGUGACCGACCGCUGAAUUUCGUAAGACAAUUGUUCCUUUAGAUUUCCUUGGCUCAUAAGUUAGUUACCAAAUAAACCUUGUAACUAACUUAAAUAUUUUUAUGAGUUUAUUUGGAAAAUAUUAAAGGCACCGGAUGGUUCCGAUUGUUGUCCAAAUCUAUUGGCAUAUUCAGUUACUUUUCUGGCAAUUGCUAAACAAAAUUAUGUAAGAGCGUAAAAUUACUGUCGCUGUCCAAUUAAACGUUUUAUAAGAUGACGAUCAGUUGGCAACCUUGUUGGAAGGGUUACUUAAUCGGGCAACAGGUGCAGUUUACAGGGAAAGUAUUAUCUCUACUCUUAUUUACAAUACAUUCCAAUAUACGCCUAUAAUGCAAAAAAAUAUGUAAAAUGUCCCAUUCUUAUGAAUAAUUAGGUCGGGUUAUGAGAAAUGCUCAGCACUUCACUAUGCGACAGGCGUUAAGAAUCAAAGCAAAUUUUAGAAUUUUGUAUGCCCAGUGCUCCUAGUUACUUAUCAAACAAUUUGUUUUCAAAAUUACUUUCCCAACUAGAUAAGUAUAUAGUAUACAUGAAAACUUACACUUAGACAGAUUCACUUUAAGUAUACUUACCCCGUUACGAAUAAGCUUUGUAAAGCGGUUGCUUUUAGUUACGCGAUGUUAUCAUCUUGAGAAUCUCAAACUAGCCAUAAUUACAAGAAAAUCAUUGUAAAAGUAUUCACCAGCUAGACAACGUUCAUUAAAAAUACCCUCAGUGAACAGAAAUGUAGUCCAUUGUUUGGACGCCCUUUACGACCCGGACGAUCAAAUUACGACCGAGCCAAUCUUCACGAAAAGAAGGACAUACCGAUGCAAACUACACACUACCCGAGUUCUAACGUUGUCCAGGUCCGAAUAACAUUAGUAAUUACUUUUGGGGACUGGGGUCGUAAAGGACAUGUUUCGGGCGUCUCAACCGUUGACAACAACCAAGGGCAGGUGCUCAAUAGACAAUACAGACUACCAAGAUGCCCAACGCCACCCAUCGAGGUCUGAGCCUCUAAGGAGAAGCCCUUGUUUUGACGUUAUAUAUAUCGUCUAGCCUUGGGGCUUAACUCCUAGAGAAUUUUGCGCUCGCUGCAUGCCGCGGUUACGCUGUUUAAGCCCUUCUGGUGACAGCUACGGCAAUCUAUACACGCUAACACGAAAUUUUAAAUAAGCGUUAUGUAUGUUUGUGUAUGAGUGGAUGUGUGUAAUAAAAUGUUUCUCGGCAUACAAAAUAUUAACUUUUAUUUUGACUUAACAUAUAUUGCGUCGCGUAGGGUGAGGUGCCGUUUUGCUAAUUAUUAUAUGUCAUGAACUAUAUAUAGGUACGCUUCUUAAAAAAAAUUAUAAAUCAAACCUUAUAAUUUUUAUCAACCAUUUUUCGAUAAUCCUACCUCUGUAAUAAACCCUUGCGCUGUUUUACCUACUAUUUUGAAAAAUUAUA